CCCAAAAAAAGAACUCAUUCGGUUUCUUUAUCUUGUACUAAGAAUUGCUGGUUCUCAUACAAUCAGUCACAGGCUCGUACUCGAUGGCCACUCUUACUUCAUCAUCACCCUCUGUGCUCUUUUCCUCUACACCCUCCAACCUUGUUCCACCUUCUCUCUCUCAUCUUCCACGCCUCUCUCUCUCCUCCUCCUCCCACUUCUCUACUCUCUCCUCUUCUCUCUCUAUUUCUCAUUCUUCUGUCGCGUACCCUGCAAUUUCCAGGCGCUUCAACCGUUGUUCCUUCAGUAUCAAGGCAAGUGCUGGAGAGAAGAAAAAGGUCCUGAUAGUGAAUACAAAUGGUGGUGGGCAUGCAGUGAUUGGAUUCUACUUUGCAAAAGAGCUUCUGGGUUCUGGCCAUGAAGUCACCAUAUUGACUGUUGGUGAAGAGAGCUCAGACAAGAUGAAGAAGCCCCCAUUUAGCAGAUUCUCAGAAAUUGUAAGUGCUGGAGGGAAGACUGUGUGGGGAGAACCUGCGGAGAUUGGAAAGAUUUUGGAAGGAACAGCAUUUGAUGUUGUGUUGGAAAACAAUGGCAAAGAUUUGGACACUGUGAGGCCUGUGGCAGAUUGGGCCAAGAGUUCUGGUGUGAAGCAAUUCCUGUACAUCAGCAGUGCUGGAAUUUACAAGCCAACUGAGGAGCCACCUCAUGUUGAAGGGGAUGUUGUUAAAGCUGAUGCUAGUCAUGUUGCAGUAGAGAAGUACAUUGCAGAGAUAUUUGGUAGUUGGGCAAUAUUUCGCCCACAAUACAUGCUAGGUUCUGGCAACAACAAAGAUUGCGAGGAGUGGUUCUUCGAUCGAAUUUUGAGGAACAGACCAGUUCCAAUCCCUGGUUCCGGAUUGCAACUUACCAACAUCUCCCAUGUUAGGGACUUGUCCUCUAUGCUUACCCUAGCCGUUGAGAACCCCGACGCUGCAUCUAGUAACAUUUUCAACUGUGUAAGUGAUCGUGCUGUGACCCUCGAUGGAUUGGCAAAACUUUGUGCUCAAGCUGCUGGACGCCCUGUUAACAUAGUGCAUUAUGAUCCAAAAGCUGCUGGAGUUGAUGCAAAGAAAGCUUUUCCAUUCCGGAACAUGCACUUCUAUGCAGAACCAAGAGCUGCCAAGGAAAUUCUAGGAUGGAAAUCUACCACGAACCUCACCGAAGACUUGAAGGAGCGAUUUGAAGAGUACUUAAAGAUCGGGAGAGACAAGAAAACCAUCAAAUUUGAGUUAGAUGACAAGAUAAUUGAGUCCCUUAAAGUUCCAGUAGCAGUGUGAUGAAGUUCAAUUUUUGUUUCUUGUAUCUCAUAUCCUAUGUGAUAUUCUUUCACCGGGAAGCAACUUACUAAAUAAUUUGAAAUGCUUAAUAAAAAAUGAAGAAACAAUGUAAAUCAAGUGGACGGACCUA